GGCAUUUCAUAUCUCAUUUGGAGAUUGUGUUGCCAGUCAUGAUGACAACAACUGCUUUUGUGAACCAUUGGAUCCCAAAGCUUUUCAAGGAAUCCUUUCAAAGAACAAAACUGUGUCCAUCUAUCAACGUCAAAAGAAAAGGAUUCAUGAACAAACGCACGUUGGCAACUUUCGAUCAAGCUAUCACUAGUUCGCAGCUCAAGGUAACCUGGUUAGAAAGCCAGUGGACUUUUCUAGGAACGAAAGGAAAGUGUGAUGGUGUUGUGGAUAACAAAGGCAGACUCGUGUUGGAGUUUACUCCUGUUGAAGACAGUUUAUGUUAUAAAGUUCAUUAUGGACGUUUAGAGCUUCCUUGUUCGUGGCAAACUUCUUCAAAGAGCCACAUAUGUAUCGACAAUUGGAAACCAGAAGUUGUUUAUCGAGUGCAAAUAUUUACAAUGAAACGGGAUGUUACCUCAGAACAACUCAUAUUUCAAGGAAAACUUUUGUUGAAGCAUUCAACAACAACAGUGGCACCGAAAGUCUCUCUUCAGGAUGCCUCGAUGUUGGAGAUUCGGGUUGGCAAGAUACUAUCUUGUAAGAAGCAUCCAAACGCCGAUACACUUCUUGUUGAAGAAAUAGAUAUUGGAGAAGAUAAUCCUAGAACUAUUGUAUCGGGACUGGUCAAACAUUAUGAACCAGAGCAGCUCGUAUCAAGGAAAGUCCUUGUCUUGUGCAACCUCAAAGCAAAGAAGAUGAGAGGCAUAGAAAGUAAAGGCAUGUUGCUUUGUGGUUCAACGAAAGAUAAAAGCAAAGUGGAGCCUCUUUCACCUCCAGAACAUACCCAAGUUGGAGAGUUGGUUUACUUUGAUGGUGUUGAAAUGAAACCUACCGAAUCAGGCAAACAAGCAACUCAGUCUUUCGAAAGAAUUGUUGAUUUUCUCAAAACAGAUUCUAAAGGAGUUGCAUUAUUGGAGAGUCGAUCUUUGUUGACCAGUCAAGGACCUUGCUUUUGUUCUAUAACCAACGGUAAUGUUUCCUGAUUAAAAUGGAAUCAAUGAGUACCUAGCUGUGCAAUGAAAGUUUCCCAAACUUCAUGAGGAACUCCAAUCUGCCAUAGUCUCAUCCAAAGCUGUUGCAAGUGAGGAAUCGGUAAGGCUGUGAAUAGAGCGAAUACAACUAGGAACUGCUGUCAAGGCUGCACCAUACGCACCCGCAACGCCAAACGUAGUCACAGAUAGUAUUCCUGC